AUGUCGCAAAAAUGGAAAAAUAUGACAGUUCGGACAAUCUGGACAUUCGUUAUGAUAUUUGGUUUUUUUCUCAUUUUGGGUUUAGGACAUAUAUGGGUCAUUUUUCUUGUAGUGGUGAUUCAAACACUGGUAUAUAAAGAAGUUAUUGCAAUUGCGCAUGUUCCGAGUAAGGAAAAGAAAUUACCAUGGUUCAAAACACUUAAUUGGUACUUCUUAAUUAGCACGUAUUAUUUUCUUUAUGGAGAAUCGAUAAUUUAUUAUUUCAAAGCAAUCGUUAUGGUAGAUGCUUUUCUACUUCCUUUUGCAACGCAUCAUCGAUUCAUUUCAUUUGUCCUAUAUUGUAUAGGGUUCGUAUUCUUUGUCGCCAACCUUAAGAAGCAUCAUUAUAAAUUCCAAUUCACCCAAUUCGCCUGGACACAUAUGACUCUAUUGAUCGUUGUAUGUCAAAGUCACUUUAUCAUUAAUAAUAUAUUUGAAGGAUUAAUCUGGUUCGUGUUACCAGUGUCAUUAGUAAUCUGCAAUGAUAUCUUCGCGUACAUUUGUGGGUUUUUCUGGGGUAGAACUCCUUUAAUUAAAUUGAGUCCCAAGAAAACAUGGGAAGGAUUCGUUGGUGCUUUGAUUUGUACGAUAAUUUUUGGAUUUUUCUGGUCUUCUCUAUUAAGACGUUGGGAUUAUAUGAUCUGCCCCGCUCAGGAUUUAACGACCACAGCAUUUUAUGGAAGAUUGACGUGUGAACCAAAUCCAGUUUUUAUUCCUCAACGAUAUGAUCUCAAUCCUUGGUUAACUAGUUUAUUCAGACGACUCACAUUUAAAGACAUCAGAUCAGUCUGGAUCGCGCCAUUACAAUGGCACGUCUUGGUCAUGGCUUGUUUCGCUUCUUUGAUUGCACCUUUUGGUGGUUUCUUUGCAAGUGGUGUUAAGAGAGCAUUCAAUAUCAAAGACUUCGGGCAUUCUAUUCCCGGGCAUGGUGGCAUCACUGAUCGUAUGGAUUGCCAAUUCCUAAUGGGAUGUUUUUCACACAUGUAUUACCAAAGUUUCAUCAAGAUGUCAUCUCUAACAGUUGGAGCGGUUCUUCAAACAAUUGUUAAUUCACUUAAACCACAAGAUCAAAUUGAACUUUUCAAUAGGUUAAAGCAAUAUUUAUUAAGUCAAGGUCUAUUGGAAGAAAGGGGGGCGACAAAUUAA